GAAAAGUGAAAGUAUUUGGAGCAGAUCGUGCAGGAAGCUGAAGACAGUGCCUGCUGCUUCCCUCCAUCUCCGUCCAGACACUUCCGGUGUGCUGGUCAACUCUUGUUCAUCCUGUCCAAUCACCAUGAUGUCACCAAUGUAAUUGAUCAGUGUGAUGUUCUAUGGGAUGUCCAGGUGAUCCAGAUCUCUUCAGAUUAUAUUAUGACAAAGGGCAGGAUGUUCACAGGGAACCAGAACCCAGAAGACCAUACCCCAGAGGAGCAGGUUUUCUAUGAGUUUAUUUUUAAGCUCUUCAAAGAGAAUAAGGUGGAGAUCGCAAGUGCAAUAAAUAAGCCAUUUCCUCUCCUUAUGGGCCUCCGAGACCGUGGCUUUAUCCCCGAGCACAAGUAUCAACAUUUUCAAGAAGCUUGUAGAAAUCAUGUCCCAGUGGAAAGAGUGGUCUAUGAUGUGCUCAGUGAACUGGAGAAGACAUUUGACAAGACAGUUCUGGAUGCACUGUUCAGCAAUCUUAACCUAAAGGCCUAUCCUGACUUACUUGAGAUUUGCAGAAGCUUCCAAAAUGUGAUUUAUGACAACUUCCAUUAUGAAGCCAUUAAUGAAGAAGAGACAAAGGAGAUGCUCCACUUACAAAUACCCCGUGAGCUAGAGUCCUGUGAACCCUCACGUCUCCAAAUGAAUAGUGUCAGAACACUGGAAGAGACACCCAGCUUACUGCCUUAUGAGGGACCAGUUUCCUGUGAGCACAAAGCUCUCCAAAGUACGAAUGGAGGCGAUUUUGAAGAGACACCCGAACUGCCACCAGGCGACGGGGGAGUGUCCUGUGAACAGGUAGUUCUACAAAGGGAUGACAGAGAACAAUCAGAAGAAAUGCCCAGAUUACUACCUUAUGAUAGAGAAGUGACCUGUGAUCCCAGAGUUUCCCCAGUGACUAAUGAAGGAGAACUAGAGGAGAUGCCCAGCCUACCAGCAGAAGAGGGACAAGAGCACAGCAAUGCCCACGGGGAGACCAGUGAUGAAGAAGAGCCUCAGGAAGCCUUGAGCUCCCCACCAACAUGUGGGCAAGGGUCCUGUGAUCCUGAAGCUCCCCAAAUGAUCAGUGAAGAAGAACCAGAGGAGGUGCUCAGGCAACUGCUAUGUGAUGCGGAAGCAGAAGGUAGCAGUGCCUGUUUAGAAAUGUGUGAUGAAGAAGAACCCCAGGAAGACUUGAGCUUGCCACCAGAAAGUGGAUCAGUAGCUGGCGAACUAGAAACUCUCCAAAUGAAUAGAGAGGAAGAAUCAGAAGAGCUUAUUUCCAGCCUACUACCCUAUGAUGGACAAGGAGCUGAGCUCCCAGCAUAUGGAAAUAAGAAGUGUUCCUGUGUUAUGUGCUUCUCGAAAGAUGUGCCAGAAGGUCCAGAAGCAAGUACUGCAAGUAUGGAUACUGUGGAUCUUGGAAACAACUCUUCUUCAGGAAAACUCAAGAGGAAGAGAAGAAAAAAGAAAGGCCAUGCCUGGACAAGAAUUAAAAGGAGAUAUCAGGGAAACACACAUCAAAAAGACAGAAGCAAUAUCGCUGGUCAGUCGGUCUCCGGUGGGAGAAAGAGGAAAAUGCAUCUGCAAGAACGUGCCAAGAUCAGGGGGAAAAAGAGAGGCAGACCUCUUACUUACUUAACUCACAGUGAUAGAGCCCCACGGAAAAGAUUCCGGUCAAGAGGGUCAAGAAAGCACAGAGAUGAUAGUGUGAAUUUUCACUCUCAAAUACUUCCUGUGACCUGUGGUAAGGUGAAGGGGAUGCUAUAUAAGAAGAGACUGAAACGAGGAGCUUUGGUGAGGUGUAUACGGAAUGAGGAUGGAAAAUGGUUCACCCCCAGGGAAUUUGAAGUCAAAGGAGGCCACGCAAGAUCAAAGAACUGGAAGCUGAGUGUGCGCUGUGGCGGGAGGCCCCUACGAUGGCUGAUAGAGAAAGGACUUCUACAUAAUCCUCCAAGAAAAUAUUUCAGGAAAAGAAAGAGAAUACCAAAGUUUCACGACAAUACCUUAAUUGACCCUUAUCUGGGGAACUCCGAUGUGUGUGAGACGUGCCGGGAUGGAGGACAGCUGUUCUGCUGUGAUACUUGUUCGAGAUCUUUUCAUGAGGACUGUCACAUCCCACCUGUGGAAACUGAGAGGAGCCCAUGGAGUUGCACCUUCUGCAGGAUAGAGUCUAUUGGAAGGCAGCAGUGUCACGGGGAAUCUGAGGUCCUGGAGAGGCAGAUGCAGCCUGAGGAGCAGUUGAAGUGUGAGUUCCUCCUCUUGAAGGUCUAUUGCCAUUCAGAGAGCUCCUUUUUUUCGAAGAUUCCAUAUUAUUAUUAUAUUAGAGAGGUUUCUCAAAACCUAAAGGAACCCAUGUGGUUGGACAAAAUCAAGAAGAAGCUGAAUAAACAGGGUUAUCGCCAAGUGGAGGGGUUUGUGCGGGACAUGCGCCUCAUAUUUCAGAACCACAGGGUGUCUUAUAAGUACAAUGACUUUGGCCUAAUGGGACUCAGACUGGAGGCAGAAUUCGAGAGGAAAUUCAAGGAAGUGUUUGCUAUUGAAGAAACAAAUGAGAGCAGUUCACUGGCAUAGUGGAGGCUGUUGGUAUCCUGGAAAAUUCCCUUUGAGGGCAGAAUUUUCAUCUGCCAGUUGCUGUGAGGAUUGGCUGCUGAUGCCACCCCUCCCCAAAGUAUCACCUUCUGCCAAUGCUGACUGGAGUUUACACCUCUUGGGCCUGGGGGCUGGCCCCCAGCCGCAAGGUGGGACCAAUGUGUGGUGCUAUUCAUGCUCCUGCACACCCCACAAGACCAAGCUGGAGCUAGUUUCCAGCUGGGACCACAUCCAUGCUUGGUUUUUCCCACCACGCGAUCCUGCUUCCCUCUCCUUUCUUCUCCUGAAAAAAAUCUCAUAAUAAAUCACUUACUUAAGAGACUUUA